AGAGCCAAGACAUUCUCAUAGCACUCGCCACAUUAAUUAAUUGUACGUACACAGAGACAAACUGUGUGUGUUUGUGUAGAAAUAUUACAUUAGUUAUGGGCUUGGAAGAAUUGAAGCCGGUAAUAAUUCUGACAGCAUGCCAAUUCAUGUACGCGGGCGUCAACCUCUUAGGGAGGGCAGCUCUUCUGCAAGACAUGAGCUCCAGAGUCUUUGUUGUGUACAGACAGUGCAUAGCCUUCCUCCUCAUUGCUCCUGUUGCUUAUUUCUCCAGGAGAGGAACAAAGGGGUGUUCUUUGAGCUGGAAGAGCUUCUGGUUGAUAUUUUUGCUCUCUUUUGUUGGAGUGACAGCGAACCAAAACAUAUUCUUCGAGGGUUUGUACUUAGCGUCAUCAUCAGCGGCAAGCGCAUUAGGCAAUUUGGUGCCAGCCAUCACCUUCGUUAUGGCUUACGCCUUGGGGUUAGAAAAAGUGCAAGUAGGAAGCUUGAGGAGUAUAGCGAAGAUCACAGGGACAGUGGUGUGCGUGAGCGGUGCAGGCGCGAUGGCACUAAUGAAAGGUCCAAAGUUACUGAACAUGGAGCUUCUGCCCAGGAAUUCACUUUUCCAAGCAGACGGACACGACACAUGGUUGCUAGGCUGUUCUUUUCUCUUCGCAAGUGCUACUUGCUGGUCUGUUUGGCUAAUUUUGCAGGCACACGUAACAGCAACGUACCCGGAUCAUCUGUCCUUGACAGCAUGGAUGUGUCUGAUGGCAGCAGUGCAGUCAGGGGUCCUGACAAUCAUCAUGGAACCCACUCUCACUGUCUGGACACUCAAAUCCCCCCUUCAGCUAUUUUCCUGCUUCUUUACGGGUUUAGCAUCAGCAGUGACGUUCUUUGCACAAGCGUGGUGCAUUGCAAAGAGAGGGCCGCUCUUCUCUGCUAUGUUCAAUCCUCUAUGUACUGUAAUUGUAACAGUGUUUGCUUGCAUUUUUAUGCAUGAAGAGCUCUACACUGGGAGUAUGAUAGGUGGAUUGGCUGUGAUCGUUGGACUAUACAUCGUGCUAUGGGGCAAAGCAAAAGACUAUGAGGAGGUGGCGGAAGAGACGAAGAAGCCAAGCGAUCAAACAACGUUGUAUGCUCAAGUUUCAGACAGCAAAAUCGACUUGGAAGAGCCCCUCUUGUUGCAAAAAUCAGAUCAUGACACUUCUCCACUGGCUGCCGUGUAAACUUAGGGAUGCCAUGCACUGGAAGCCAUUAGUCAAGUCGAGGGAAAACGGCGUUUUUUUGUAUUAUAUGUUAGGAUUUUUUUUUUUUAAUUUAAUCACAUUUGCUAUAACUUUCUCAUAUAUCAUCAUAUAAAUUGAAUUUUUUUUUUAUUUUAGUUCUCACAUGGAUUUGUCGUCUAAUAUUGGACGAAAAAUACACAUGAGAACUAACUUUGAAAAAAAAUCAUCUUAUGUGAUGCAACGUGCGAAAACCGUAACAAAUGAGACUAAAUUGAAAAAUACUCUAACAUAUAGGAUCGAAAAUACGAUUUUUCUGUCAAUGUUGAUUAUUCGUGAUUUUUCAAGAAUUUUGGAACAUCGUAGAUAUGUAGAGAUGUGUUCUCUUCUGACAACGUCGUUAGUUUGAAAGUAGGCUGUGUAGCUUUUUCUUCGUAA